UCCUGAUUCGCUGUUUCCGUGCUCGUCCCGCCUCCCCGGCAUCUAGAUUGGCUUUUCACCCGCCCUCGCAGUUAGCGCGCUAGGAGAGAAGCAGCCACGCCCGCGACGUGAGCUGAGCAACGCCGAAAACGAUGGCAGGCUCGGCGUUGGUGGCUCGGGCUCGGCUCGGUGUCUCGGGUAUGAGGGUCCUGCAAACCCGAGGUUUCGUCUCGGACUCGUCGGAGAGCAUGGAUUCGGGCGCUGGCUCCAUCCGAGAAGCUGGUGGGGCCUUCGGAAAACGCGAGAAGGCUGAAGAGGAUCGGUACUUCCGAGAGAAGACUAAAGAACAGCUGGCUGCCCUGAGGAAACACCACGAAGAUGAGAUUGACCACCAUUCAAAGGAGAUAGAGCGUCUGCAGAAGCAAAUUGAACGGCAUAAGAAGAAGAUUAAAGACUUAAAGAUUAGUCAUCAUUAGAUGCACGCAGGCAGUCCCUCGCAGAGUGGCCCGUAUCAUUCCCCACUUCUGUAGAGACAUUGUUUUGAAAGAUUAAUAUUUGGUCUGUGUGCUACUAACAUAAUAAAUUGUCACCAGGAAA